CACAUGACUAUUGUGGAUCCUCUGGGAAGCCUCAACAACAUCCUGAUGCUGACGAGGAAGAGAAGAGUCUCUCCAGAUCAGAACACCAGAUGGACAACGCUAGCCCUUCCACCCUCCCGGAGUCCCUGUGUCAUGCCUCUCCUGUUAGCACCUUACUGCUGGGUAUGAAGAGGUUGUCUGUGCUGCUGGUGGACUGCAGGAAAACAAUGGGGCUGAGUGGAACUGUGGGAGGAGGAGAAGAGCGGAAAGGAUCAGAUUUGACUCAAAGAGAAAGGCCAGACUCAGAGGAACCAGAGCCAGGGAAGUCCAAACCAGCAAGACGACACCAGUGCUCCCACUGUGGAAAGGGUUGUAACCGGUUAUGGGACGUGAAACAACAUGAGAAAAUACACACAGGGGAGAAGACUUACCACUGCUCCCAGUGUGGAAAGAGUUUUAACCAGAAAGCACACCUGAAAGCUCACGAGAGAAUACACACAGGGGAGAAGCCUUACCACUGCUCCCAGUGUGGAAAGUGUUUUAACCAGAAAGCACACCUGAAAGCUCAUGAGAGAAUACACACAGGGGAGAAGCCUUACCACUGCUCCCAGUGUGGAAAGUGUUUCAACCGGCCUGGGAAUCUGAAACUGCACGAGAGAAUACACACAGGGGAGAAGCCUUAUCACUGCUCCCGGUGUGGAAAUAGUUUUAACAAUUUAGGGAAACUGAAACGACAUGAGAGAAUACACACAGGUGAGAAGCCUUACCACUGCUCCCAGUGUGGAAAGUGUUUCAACCGUUCAGGGGGGCUGAAACGACACGAGAGAAUACACACAGGGGAGAAGCCUUGAAGCCUUUCCACUCCUCCCAGGGUGCAAAGCUUUUGCCCAUUUAGGAAGCCUGAAAGAACACAUGAGACUGCACACAGCGGAGAAUGCUUACAAAAGGCCAGACUGUGGGAAAACAUUUUACUCAUAACAGUCACUUAAACGUCUUUAGAGUAACCACACAGGAGAGAGAAAUGACUUCUCUUAGCGUGUAUAUUGAUAUUUCACAUCACAUUGACUUCAAAUUCAUCAGAGAACAUACACAGUGCUCCCGUUGUCUUAUAUUGUUGACUGACAAUGUGUUUACCUGUCUUUACCAGAUGAAAUUAAAUGGUACAGGGUAUACUCAAACAUAUAUUUGUUUGUUUCUAUUAGAAAACAUGAAUUGAAUAUGGAGUCUGUCAGUUUGAAUAUAGAGUAGAUCAGGUUCCAUGUGUUUAAAUGGUCCUUUUUUAAACUCUGUGUGUGUUUAUCUGGGUGUGUCAUUCCUCCAGCACUACAGAUAAUCAAGUGAUAUUUGGAUGUGAUGCAUUUGUUCCAUUGUUGACAUUUGCAUUUUUGGCCCACUGAUGAUUUAAUUAAAUGAAAAUGUUCAGACUGUGUAAUGGAAAAUGUUAGUUGUAUGUGUGUCCACAUAACUGAGUAUGUGACUAACCUUGUGAAACUGUCCUAUUAUAAUCUCCUGUUCUUGGGACUAUCAUUCUGUGUUGCAAACCAAUUUACACCUGUGUCCUUGUAUGAAUAAAGUCCCGCCCAGGAACAGGAAACUAUAAAGAUAUUUUCUCAUCACCCAAUGCUUCAGGAAUUCAGACUGUCUACACUGCACUGUGUAAUUGUUAUUCUCUCUGAGCUCAGAAAUAAAGAGUCUUGGUUUGAC